GAGUACGGUUGCCGGGCGGGCUCUCACGGAAGUCCAUGCGCCAUUGGGAGGGCCGCAGCGGCUGCUCUGUGCCCUUGUUGCCGAGGGCUUUUUCCUGGGUCAUUCCUGGAGCAAGGGCCGGACGGGGGCUGACACCCGGGCUCCCGCGUGGCCCUGUAGGCGGCUGUGUGACCUCCUCGCCGGCGGGAUGUGGCGACUACACCGGGCCGCCGUGACCUGUGAGGUCUGCCAGUCCUUAGUGAAACAUAGCUCUGGAAUCAAAGGAAGCUUACCGCUACAAAAACUGCAUCUGGUUUCACGAAGCAUUUAUCAUUCACAUCAUCCUACCUUAAAGCUUCAAAGAUCCCAAUUCAGGACGUCAUCUCAUCAGUUCUCCUCUUUAACUAACCUUCCCUUACGUAAAUUGAAACUUUCUCCAAUUAAAUACGGCUACCAGCCACGCAGGAAUUUUUGGCCAGCGAGAUUAGCUGCAAGACUCUUGAAACUUCGCUAUCUCAUACUAGGAUCUGCUGUUGGGGGUGGCUAUACAGCCAAAAAGACUUUUGAUCAGUGGAAAGAUAUGAUACCUGACCUUAGUGACUAUAAAUGGAUUGUGCCUGACAUUGUGUGGGAAAUUGAUGAGUAUAUCGAUUUAGAGAAAAUUAGAAAAGCACUUCCUAAUUCAGAGGACCUUGCAAAAUUGGCACCUGACUUUGAUAAGAUUGUUGAAAGCCUCAGCUUAUUGAAGGACUUUUUCACCACAGGUCACAAAUUGGUUAGUGAAGUCAUAGGAGCUUCUGACCUACUUCUCUUGUUAGGUUCACCGGGAGAAACAGCAUUUAGAGCAACAGAUCAUGGAUCUGAAAGUGACAAGCAUUAUAGAAAGGGUCUGCUUGGUGAGCUCAUUCUCUUACAACAGCAAAUUCAAGAGCAUGAAGAGGAAGCACGCAGAGCCGGUGGCCAAUAUAGCACGAGCUAUGCCCAACAGAAGCGCAAGGUGACAGACAAAGAGAAAAUUGACCAGCUUCAAGAAGAACUUCUGCAUACUCAGUUAAAGUACCAGAGGAUCUUGGAACGGUUAGAAAAAGAGAACAAAGAAUUAAGAAAAUUAGUAUUGCAGAAAGAUGACAAAGGCAUCCAUCACAGAAAACUUAAGAAAUCUUUGAUUGACAUGUAUUCUGAAGUUCUUGAUGUUCUAUCUGAUUAUGAUGCCAGUUACAAUACACAAGAUCAUCUGCCAAGGGUUGUUGUGGUUGGAGACCAGAGUGCUGGAAAAACCAGUGUGUUGGAAAUGAUUGCUCAAGCACGGAUAUUCCCUCGAGGAUCUGGGGAGAUGAUGACACGCUCUCCAGUUAAGGUUACUCUGAGUGAAGGUCCUCACCAUGUGGCCUUGUUUAAAGAUAGUUCUCGGGAGUUCGAUCUUACCAAAGAGGAGGAUCUCGCAGCAUUAAGACAUGAAAUAGAACUCCGAAUGAGGAAAAAUGUGAAAGAAGGCUGUACUGUUAGUCCUGAGACCAUAUCUUUAAAUGUAAAAGGCCCGGGAUUGCAGAGGAUGGUGCUUGUUGACUUACCAGGUGUGAUCAAUACUGUGACAUCAGGCAUGGCUCCUGACACAAAGGAAACUAUUUUCAGUAUCAGCAAAGCUUAUAUGCAGAAUCCUAAUGCCAUCAUACUGUGUAUUCAAGAUGGAUCUGUGGAUGCUGAACGCAGCAUUGUUACAGACCUGGUCAGUCAAAUGGAUCCCCAUGGAAGGAGGACGAUAUUUGUUUUGACCAAAGUAGACCUGGCAGAAAAAAACGUGGCUAGUCCAAGCAGGAUUCAGCAGAUUAUUGAAGGAAAACUCUUCCCAAUGAAAGCUCUGGGUUAUUUUGCUGUUGUAACAGGAAAAGGAAACAGCUCUGAAAGCAUUGAAGCUAUAAGAGAAUAUGAAGAAGAAUUUUUUCAAAAUUCAAAACUCCUGAAGACAAGCAUGCUGAAGGCACACCAAGUGACGACAAGAAAUUUAAGCCUAGCUGUUUCAGACUGCUUUUGGAAAAUGGUACGAGAGUCAGUUGAGCAACAGGCUGAUAGUUUCAAAGCAACACGUUUUAACCUUGAAACUGAGUGGAAGAAUAACUAUCCUCGCCUGCGAGAACUUGACCGGAAUGAACUAUUUGAAAAAGCAAAAAAUGAAAUCCUCGAUGAAGUUAUCAGUCUGAGCCAGGUUACACCAAAACAUUGGGAAGAAAUCCUUCAGCAGUCUUUAUGGGAAAGAGUAUCAACUCAUGUGAUUGAAAACAUCUAUCUUCCAGCUGCACAGACCAUGAAUUCAGGGACUUUUAAUACAACAGUGGAUAUCAAGCUUAAACAGUGGACUGAUAAACAGCUUCCUAAUAAAGCAGUAGAGGUUGCUUGGGAGACGCUACAAGAAGAAUUUUCCCGCUUCAUGACAGAACCAAAAGGGAAAGAGCAUGAUGACAUAUUUGAUAAACUUAAAGAGGCUGUUAAGGAAGAAAGUAUUAAACGCCACAAGUGGAAUGAUUUUGCGGAGGACAGCUUGAGGGUUAUUCAACACAAUGCUUUAGAAGAUCGUUCCAUAUCUGAUAAACAGCAGUGGGAUGCAGCUAUUUAUUUUAUGGAAGAAGCUCUUCAAGCUCGUCUCAAAGAUACUGAAAACGCAAUUGAAAACAUGAUAGGUCCAGAUUGGAAAAAGAGGUGGUUGUACUGGAAGAACCGGACCCAAGAACAGUUUGUCCACAAUGAAACCAAGAAUGAAUUAGAGAAGAUGUUGAAGUGUAAUGAGGAGCACCCAGCCUAUCUGGCGAGUGAUGAGAUAACUACGGUCCGGAAGAACCUCGAAUCCCGAGGAGUAGAAGUGGACCCGAGCUUGAUUAAGGAUACUUGGCACCAAGUUUAUAGAAGACACUUCUUAAAAACAGCUCUAAACCAUUGUAACCUUUGUCGAAGAGGCUUUUACUACUACCAAAGGCAUUUUGUAGAUUCUGAGCUGGAAUGCAAUGAUGUCGUCCUCUUUUGGCGAAUACAGCGCAUGCUUGCUAUCACUGCAAAUACUCUGAGGCAGCAACUUACAAAUACUGAAGUCAGGCGAUUAGAGAAAAAUGUGAAAGAGGUAUUAGAAGAUUUUGCUGAAGAUAGCGAGAAGAAGGUAAAACUGCUCACUGGCAAACGAGUUCAGCUGGCUGAAGACCUCAGUAAAAAAAGUCAGAGAAAUUCAAGAAAAACUUGAUGCUUUUAUUGAAGCUCUUCAUCAGGAGAAAUAAAUGAAUCCUACCCAUAAUAUAAUCACCUCUGCAUACAUGCGAAGAAAGAAAACUUCAAGGUCUCUUGUCCUGCUUUUUUUCCUUCUGCUAUUCCACCUUUUUAAACAUAAAAUAAAGUCAUGGGAUAAAAAUAAUUUAUGCGUGUUCGAGGCACUUUAACCAUCAGUUGCCUUUCGAAUGCAAGAACAAUGGAAAUGGCAUUAGAAUCCUAUUUUAUUGUAGUGAAGUGACAAAUUGAGAUAGUACAAGUGGUGUGGCAGUUAGAUUCAGUCCUUGAAGAUGAGAAACCUGCUCUCCUGCUUGUCUCAUUUGUGGUGGCACGUGUUCAACUAAUUCAUUAGCUCAUGUUACUCAGUGUCAGUUUUUUUCUGGGGAAAAAAUGCCAGAUGUUGUGAAGAGCUAUCAAUUGUAUAUAAGAUGAUGGUAGCCCGCUAAGUUGUUGUCUGUAUCUGUAAUGCUCUAUAUGCAGUAGCUAUCUGAUUAUGAAAAUUCAGUUUACAUUUAUCAUGUGAAAGAGGACUAGCUAACAGAAGAGUGCCUCAAAUAGGUGAAUUCGGAUUUCAGCAACUCCGGGUACAUCCCGUGAAAGAGGUCUCACCCUUCAUUGCUGGCUAAGAGGGCUGCCUUAGAAGCCAAGUCGGCAGCGGCUUCCCUGUUUGCUUCCGUUGACAGUUUCAUCCUUUCUGUACCCAUUUUGGAUGUUGUAUAGGUAAGUCGGCGUUCUGUUAACCAUGGGUGUUUUGAACCCAUGGACAGAGCUACUGGAUUGUGACACAGGGUAAGGAAGAUAAAGAAUAAUCAGUUGACUGAUUUCAUUGAGACUGUUAUCAAGCACUUCUGGUGGUUUUCAGGAAAAAGGCUUUCUGUCACAAGACUGUUUUAAAUAGAAAUUAUUUCAACCGAAUAAUGUUGACCAUCUCCCUCUUAGCUGAACAUGUUAAAAAAAAACAUAAAAUUUGAUUCACUGUAGUUCAGUUACUUUACCCUCACAGCAUUUUCUUGUGUUUCAUACAAAUACUUUUUUAUUGGCUGAAGGACUUUAAAGCAAAGAAAUAUGCCAUUUUGGGCUUAAAAUCUCUUUCUCGUUUAUCUCUGCUCU